UUGUUAUUUACAAUAUUGACGAAUUUUUGUAAUGUUUGGUAUCUACGAUGGUGCAUACGGCGAGUUAGCCAAAUGUUAUGUAUUUAGUACGAUAUAUAUGAUAUUUUUUGUUUUGAUGUUGUUGUUUCUAUUUAAUUGUUAUUUUGACAUUCUUUAGUAAGCGUUAUGUUAUACGAUAUUAUUUGUUGAGAAUAGGUAAGAUUUAAA